AUGCUAGAUACGGGUGUUCUACUUGGAUUAUGCUGGGUUUUAUUGGCGCCACAUGGGUCACAUGUCGCCGCACAAGCUGAUUGGUCCAACAACGAAGUGGCCUGCGGAAUUGGCCAAUUCGCAUGUGAUGGUCAUUGUGUGCCAUUAAAAUGGAAAUGUGAUGGAGAACAAGACUGCGCAGACGGAUCGGACGAGUUGUCCUUUUGCGCGCGAUGCGGUUCGGACGAGUUUCGCUGCCAAUCUGGACGCUGCCUUCCGAAACGAUACCUUUGUGAUGGUACUGCUGAUUGUGGUAGUAAUGGUAUUGACGAUGACUCUGAUGAAGAUCCUUCUAUAUGUCUACAAAAAGCUGCUUGUCCACCAAAUUUCUAUUCAUGUCGUCACGAGACUAAAUGUAUACAUUUGUCGCAAUUUUGCAAUGGUAUCAUAGAUUGUACGGAUCAUUCAGAUGAGCAUCAUAAAUGCGAAGAUUGGCAUAAUAUCACAUGUCACUAUGGUGUAGGACUCACUUAUGACGGCCCAGUGUGUUAUUGUCCGACGGAUCAAAUUUCUGAAGGCGACAGAUGUGUGGCUGAGGACAAAUGCGGCCGAAGGCUUAGAGGCCACGUCCCAAUUUGUUCACAAAUAUGUCAAAAUUUGCCGAGUGGGGUGACGGAAUGUGAAUGCUAUGAAGAUUUCAAGCCAAAUGGAAGUUACUGUAAUCCGCGCGAACAAUCGGGAAGUUUUGUGGCAGUACUGGGAAAUACAUUUGUGCUGACAUCAACAGUCCAGUGGGAAUAUUUCCCGACAAGAUUCCAACGUACAAUCAAUCAAAAUCGAAGAAUGAUAGCUGCAGCAGCGGACACAAAAAGAAAUUGGAUUUGCUAUGUUAUGGCGGCUGUAAAAGCUGACCCACUAACCUAUGCUUUCAUGGAAUGUGCAAAAAUAGCAAAGAAAUCAUCAAAAAUUAUGAAGACUGAUAUAACUGCAAGCUUCCCAUUGGAUGAGAUCCGCGUGAUCCAGCAUGACCUCAUCGGAGAUAAUUGGCUGUUCCUCAUUGGUCGAACUCGAUUGUUGAUUUGUAAAAAUGAAUGGCUGAAAAUGGAAAAAUGUCGUAUAGUGGUGGAUGAUGUUGAUAUCGAGAGUUUUGCUGUGGAUCCUUCUGUCGGUCUGAUUUUCUAUUCCACCGUUGGAAAGAAUGCUGGAGUAUGGCGAGUGACCUACGAGAACCGCACUAAGUUGAGCAUGUCGGAUAGGCAGCUACAGAUGCCUGGAGGUUUGGCAGUAGACGCAUUUUCGCAAACGCUCUACUACAGCGAUCGAUAUUUUGAACGGAUUUUUGCUGUCGAUUACGGUAGAAACGGAAGUGUGCGAAGUGUUUUACAUGAUAAAAGGUUAAAAUAUUCAACGACGCUAACCUACUUCGCGGACUUUCUCUAUGCACCCACAAGGGCCGAGUUAAUCCGGCUGGAUACGUUAACGUCACAAUCGGAACUGGUCGAUUUCCAUACAAAUGUUGAUGGAUUCUUUGUCAAUCACAAUCUUACCAACAAAAAAGGUACGAAUGAUUGCUCGGCUUGCAGCGAGAUCUGUGUUCUCAAUAAAAACUCCUCAAGCACUUGUCUAUGUCAGGAUGGUCUAACCAUGAAGGAAGGCAAAUGUGCAGCGAGUGAAAUUACGGGCAAUAUGCUAUUGUAUGCGCGGCAAUCUCCAAUGUGGAUCCACGGGGUUGGACUAUCGGGCGACUCUACUGGGAAGAUUUUGGUAAAACCAACAAUUCCUCCAGUUUUUUCCAUAAAGAAUGCUGCGGUAUUCACUGUGGAUUCAGUCAAAGCUCUGAUUUACUAUUAUGAUGAUUCACAGCAUGCUAUAUAUAGGAGAUCUAUGAUUGGUGGAAAUUGCACUACAGUAACAAAUAAAGGUGUCCAUCACAUCACUUGUAUGGCUUUUGACUCAUCAUCGGGUAACCUGUAUUACGGUACUAAACCGAACGCUGAGCCAGCUGGGAUUACGGUAAUGCGACCAGAUGUUCCUGAGCUGAGAGGACAGCUCGUGAAAGCUGUUGGAGGAAUUCAUUGCUUAUUCGUGGAUUCUAGUUCGAGGUACCUCUUCUACUCGAGCACCACACAACUUCGACAGCAUAACAUAGUAAGAGCACGAUUAGGAGGAAACUCUUUUGAACCUACAAUUCUCGUCAGUUUCUUCUCCUUCAAUCCUUUGAUGAUGACAGUAGAUGUGGCUGCACGUAGAGUUUACUGGCUGGAUCCAUUCCAGUACUCUUUGUACAGGAUUGAUUAUGAUGGAGGUGAUGCACAGAAACUUCCAAUCUCCAUUCGUUCUCUGCACUCAUUUGCUGCAUUUUCUGGACAAAUCAUUUGGGCUGACAAUAAUGGUGUCAAGCGUGCAACUCCCAAGAGUGAAGAUGACUAUGACAUAGUCCCAAUCGAUUCUCUACCAAUCACAUCUCAGCUAUAUUUAUUAGCGAAUACAACAACCCCUCCUUCAAAGUGCCUUGAAAACUAUGGUGGAUGUGAGCAGUUGUGCUACCCGGAAACAUGCAUUAGCGCAAAAAAUUGUAGCGUUGAAGCGCGAAAAUGUGGCUGCGCCGAUGGAUUUAUAGUGGACAAGAAUGACCCGGAAAGGUGUUUGGCGAUUCAAGCCGGUGAAGGAACGAAAUGCGAUGAGAAAACUCAAUUUAUGUGCACUCAUACUGAAAAUUGUAUUUCCAAAGAAAAGCUGUGCGAUGGAAAUUGGGAUUGUUACGAUGGCAGUGAUGAGGAUAUCAGAGGAGUAUGCGCUGGAAAUUUCACUUGUGGACAAGGAGAGUUCAGAUGUGAUUCGAUGACCUGUAUACCGGAAUAUCUGGUUUGUGACGGUAGAGCAGAUUGUGAAGAUAGGAGUGAUGAGAAAUGGACUGUAUGCAGAGAUCACGUACAAAACUGCGCGAAUGGCACUUUUCCUUGUGCGGUCACAAAACAAUGCCUACCGGAUAGCUGGAGAUGCGACGGACGAGUUGACUGCCCAGAUCGGUCUGAUGAGAAAAAUUGUGAGGCCCGCGAUUGCAGUGUGGACGAGUUCCAGUGUCUUACCGGGCAGUGCAUACCACUGCACUGGGUAUGCGAUGGGCGAGCAAAUUGUCGCGAUGGAUCGGAUGAGAUGCAUUGUCAUGAGGGCUGUCGUACCGGACGAGAAUUCCGUUGCGAUGCUUCAUCAGCUUGUAUAGACAUCUCGGUGAUGUGUGACGGAAUUGUCGAUUGCGAGAACGGCAUAGACGAAAGGAACUGCGCUAAUAUCAGUUCUACGCGAUAUUGCAGAAAACUCAAUGAAUAUCUAUGUAAACGUGAGCAACGUUGUAUCCGACGCAGUGCGGUUUGCGAUGGGAUUGAAGAUUGCUCAGAUGGACAAGAUGAGAGAAAAUGCAAGGGCAAAGCCUGUGCUGUGGGUCUUUUCGCAUGCCGAAGUGGCGAUGAAUGCGUGGCAGGACAUUUGGAAUGCGAUGGAGUGACGGAUUGUACGGACGGUAGCGACGAACAUGAACAUUGCUCAUUCGAUGCUAAGAUAGUUCAAGCAAGAUGUAGAGCACCCGACAUCACAUGUAGAACCUUCACGGGAAUCGUAUGUUUACCUGCUGCCAAGAUCUGUGAUGGAGUACCGGAUUGUUUCGAUGCAAAAGACGAGGAGUUUUGCGGUUACGAACAACAACAGUCCUGUAUGGAAAUGGAGUGUCAGGAGGCUUGCUAUGUACAACCGCAUGACGGUACUUAUUCUACUGUAUGUGGCUGUACUGCAAAUAAAACGCUGAAUGAGGAUGGCAGAACAUGUGAAGCGACAGAAAGACGCCCAUGCGAUUUUGGCGCGUGUUCACAGCACUGUGUAGUGCAUUCGAAUAGGACUUCACAUUGUUUUUGCGAGCAAGGGUAUCAGAUGUUAUCAGAUGGGUUCACCUGUCGAGCUAUCGAUUCACGACGUCCAUUCUUACUCUAUAGUGACCGUCAUACUCUCAUGUACCUCCCAUCCGAUGCACCACAUGCAGUUCCACUUCUGCCACAAUUGGAAAACGCAGUUUCAUUCGAUUAUUUGUACCAGGUAAAUGGUACAAUAUCGAUUUUCUGGGCUGACGUCACACUGGAUACGAUAUUUCGAGUGGAAGUCAAUGGCAAAACUGCGUCCAAUCCUUGUGCCAUAAUUUCUACUGGAUUGUCAACCGUAGAAGGUAUAGCUGUAGACUGGAUCAAUGACGUCAUCUACUGGACCGAUAGCCACCAUGACCAUAUUCAGGCCGCAAAAACUGAUGGAUCUAUGAGAGCUACGGUAGUGAAAGGCGAAAUUCACAAUCCAAGAGAUAUUGUUGUGGAUCCGAGCCACGGCCUGAUGUUCUGGAGUGAUUGGCAAGAAGAAAAUCCACGCUUAGAACGCGCCACUAUGGCUGGAAAGAAUAGGACUGUCAUCUACAAGGUAUCUUCGAUUGUGAAUGCCGGAUGGCCAAAUGGUCUAGCAUGCGAUAUCAUAGCGAAGAGGAUUUAUUGGGUGGAUGCCAAGUCCGAUACGGUACAUACCGUAGCCUACGAUGGUGGCGGACACGUUGAAGUGCUAAGGGACCAUGUCUUUUCCACACAUCCCUUCUCUGUGGAUUUGUUCGAAAACCAUGUGUAUUGGACAGAUUGGAGGAUUAAUGCGAUUGUGAGGGCAAACAAAUGGAAUGGUUCGUCUAUCGCAGCUAUAUUCCAUACUCCUAUGCGUCCAUUCUAUGUGAAAGUUGUACAUCGUAGCAAACAACCUAGAAUUCUGCGGAACCCCUGUGACAAAAGCAAUUGCUCAGAUUUGUGCUUGAUUAAUGGUCCCGGCACAUAUUCCUGCAUGUGCUCGCAAUUUAGAAGAUUUAGCAACGGUAGUACAUCCAAAUGUGAAGAGGUGAAGUUAGCUGUGCUUUCAUCCACAAGAAAUUCUAUAACUGGCAUCGAUGUGGGAUCAGGUGAAACGAUUUUCAACGCUGCUGGAUUUCAAGACAUCCGCUCCCUUGCUGCCACUGACGAGAAAGUCUUCAUGUACGAUGCUUUUGAUGAUAUUCUUUGGAAGUAUGACACUGUCGAUAAAGAGAAGCGCACAGUACUAACUGGAGACCUGUCGGACUGCUAUGGUAUAGCAGUUGACAGAGUGACCGGAGCCGUCUACUACACAAGUGCUUCUGAAAAUCGAGCAGCGAUUUUUGUCUCAAACAGUGGCAUUCGUCGUUCGAUACUGGAGUCGUCAAGCAAUAAAGAGCUAAAAAGACCAAAAUAUUUGCUAUUUUUAGACAACUCAGCCUCAUUACUUUGGUUAGAUGUUGGCUAUACUCCACCAAAGUUCUUCAGCGCCAAAGGAGAUGGAAGCAAACUAGCAGAAAUUCCCUUAGAUACGGUAAAUGGUCUUCUUGAUGGAAUUACUAAUAUGGUAUACGAUAAGCAAGGAAAUCGUGUAUUGUGGGUGAUGUCACAAAAAUCAACAGUUGUUCAAAUGAGUUUGAAAACAUGGAAGGUAACCCCUUAUGUCUACGCCAAUGGCAGCAGUAUAGACGCAUUGACUGUAGACCCAUGGACUGGUAAUAUCCUAUUAGUAGUCGAUAAUGUAUUGGUAAAGAAGACUUAUCGAUCGGUAUCGACUAACAUAUGGAGUAGCAGCACAAAUAUGACAACGCUUACGACCAGAGAACCGUUCCGUGUAGCGACUAUUAUGGAUAGAACUGCGGUGCCUAAGUGCGGGUUGAAGUCAUGCAAGCACUUAUGUGUAAGGUCAGCAAAGGAUAGUUAUGAGUGCCUAUGUCCGCAAGGUUAUAUUAUGGAAGGAGGACAAUGCAAAGUUUCUUCCGAGAUCCUUCUCAUUGCUGGCGACAAGCUUCUUCCUACUGCCAACGGUAGCACCUCAGUUUUCCUGUUCCAUCCAGCUGUGGCCUACAAACCCUGGAGGAAAAUAGCCGUUGACUAUAAAAAUGAAUUGGUCUACCUCAUGUCGGAGUUUGAACUUUGGGUUACUCACUUGAACGGCUCCUAUACCGAUCGCCUACUCAAUAGCGACGAUACCCUCACGGCGGUUACGGUAGAUCAGAAUACAGGAGACGUACUUGUUGCCGCUGAAGUUGGCAGACGAAUAGGAGAAAUCAUUAUUGUGGAUCCUAAACGCAUCAACGACAACAUCAGAGUUCGUCUUUUGGUGGACGAACAGGGCGCUGUCAGACAUUUGGAAGUGGAUCCUAUGAAAGGGUACAUUUUCUGGUCACGAGGUUGUAUCAAACGAGCUAAUUAUGAUGGAACAAACAUAUCUUGCAUAGUGAAUGUCACUACAUAUCAAUUUGUGCUCGACACAUUGAAGUCACAAUUAUGCUACCUCGAAGAAUCUGGUGACAUACAUUGUGUAGACUAUGACGGGUCCAAUAAUCAGAUUGUGGCAACCUUCCCUGUGGUAGAUGCAGUGCAAUCGGAAAUGAUGAUUGGCAAGGAAAAACUUUAUCUUGUGCAGAGAAAGGUCUCCACCUCAAAUCUUCUACUAGUGACGGAGUAUAAACGAGAAGCUGGCGGUAACUUCACCCAGCUUAACUCGUACAACACUACAACAACAUUGAGAUUCCGAGCUACUUCCCUUUACAAGAAAGCCCCAAAAGAUCUCGUCCCAAGCGCAUGCACGCAAAACAACGGCGGCUGUGAACACCUUUGUGUUUCCAACCCUAAUGGUAAACCUCAUUGCUUAUGCGCUUAUGCUCUGCUACAACCGAAUGGAUCCUGUGUCUCCAAUCCAUCCUUCAUAUCGUAUUCCUACGGUGGCAUUAUCGAUUUUGUCAGUGUAUCGCCGAACACUACCGUACCACGAAAAACGCUGAGAUACCCGGACAUACCCAGGGGAAUCACAGCUGUGGAGUCGGAUGCAGAUCGUAAUCAGCUAAUCUUGGUGGAUCGAUCGUCAAAUCGUAUAAUUGUUUACAGAUUUACAAACAACGACUGGUAUUCUGUUGCCGAUGAGGUUGGCGAAGUCGAAGGAAUCUCUUUGGAUGCAACAAAUCGUGAGCUCUACUACACUCGAUCCACUCCACCAUCAAUCUGGAGACUUAGCAUGUCCGCUGACGACCCAGCCAGCUACCCCGUUAUUCCCACUCGGGUCGCUUUCCUGGGCCAAGGCAAUAAGCCUAGGGAUAUCGCUGUACAUCCUUGCCGAAUGCUAAUUUUCUUCACCAACUCUGGGACAGUCCCAUCAAUUGAAAGGAUGUACUAUAGCGGCUAUAAAAGGGAGCGUAUAGUCGAAGACGAGAUCAUCGGUGAAUCUCGAAUUUCGAUUGAUUUUUCGGCAGAGAAAUUAUACUUUGCUGAAAUCACUUCUGCGAAAAUCUACAGAAUGGACUUUGAUGGAAAAAAUAAGGAGCUUGUGGUACCCGGCGCCCUAAAUCGGACAACUAACACUCGCCGACCUUUCGCCCUGGCUUUAUACAAUGACUGGCUCAUCUAUGGCAAUAUCGGCUCCUACGUCUCAACACUUGAGCUUUCCAUAGCAGAUAAGAUUGACGGGCUAGGUGAACGAGUUAUUGCCGACACGCCGACCCCAGUGCAGAGUAUAGCCGUAUCAGCUAAGGACAUCAAGAAAUGCGGAUUUGAUCUGUGCUCAUCACUCAAAUGCAGCGAUGAAUGUCGCCUUACAGCUCGCGGAGAGCCACAUUGUGCUUGCCGUGGUGAGCGCAAGCUUCAGGCGGAUAAUAUGACGUGCAUUGGAAACGAAUUCGCGACAAAAAGCUGCGCCGAGAAUGAGUUCCUCUGCAAACUGGACGAGAAAUGCAUCCCAUAUGAGGAGACUUGUGAUAGAUAUCCAGAUUGUCCACAUGCAGAGGAUGAGGAUGUCGAUAUGUGUAGAGGGCACCUUCUUCGCUCUGUGACUCUUUCACCCCCAAUUUUUCGGCAUCUCUGUCUUCCAAACCUUGGCUCUAGCGGUCAGCGCACCUGCCGACCAGGAUACUUCGAUUGUGGGAGUGGCUUAUGCAUAGCACAAUCGAAAAAGUGUGAUCGGAACAAUGAUUGUUUGAAUUUCGCCGAUGAAGUUGACUGCGAGUGCAACGAAAAUGAGUUCAGGUGCGAGUCUGGAAUCUGCAUAGCCAGCAACCUCAGAUGUGAUCUCAAACCUGACUGUAAUGAUGCUAGCGAUGAGAAAAACUGCCCACCUCGCGAUUGCUCAAACGCCACUGAAUUUGACAUGCCCGGUUUGAUCAAUUGUGAAGGUACGACACAAUGCAUUCUUCCUCAGUGGAAAUGCGAUGGCUCGAAUGAUUGCUGGGAUAACUCGGACGAGAAGGAUUGCGAUGAGAUUGUGCUACCCAUUCUUCCUGGACUGCGCCCUUGCACGUCGGACGAGUUUACAUGUGGUCGCACAAGAUCAUGCUUACCACGUGGUUGGGUUUGUGAUGGACAAAAAGAUUGCGCGGAUGGUAGCGAUGAAAUGGACUGUGUGAACUCCUGCCGUACUGGGCUAGAUUUCGCUUGCCGAUCUGGUGACUGUAUACAUGUAGACAAAAAAUGCGAUGGUGUAAAGGACUGCCCCGACGGAGACGAUGAAGUAGAUUGUGAUACUCUCUUGCACGACGAUUGCGAUGUUGCAUCGUUCCGAUGUCGUAAUGGACGAUGUAUAAGCGCAGAAUGGACUUGUGAUGGUGCAGACGAUUGUUCUGAUGGUGGUCCGGGUGGUGUGAGCAGCGAUGAGGCGAAUUGUACAGGCAUUUUCACCAAAUGCGCGUUGGACGAGUUUCUCUGUCGCGCACCUGGUACAAAUCACCACAUCUGUCUUAGUAAAGUCCACCAAUGUGACGGUUUCACCGACUGCGCUAGCGGUAGUGAUGAAAAUCGCACAGAAUGCAGUAAAGCGGAACGCUGUGACGAAGAUUUUUUCCGAUGUCGUAGUGGACAGUGUGUACCAAAAGGCUGGAUCUGCAACGGACUACCUGAUUGCACAGAUGAAAGCGAUGAGGAUAAGCAGAUGUGCUCUGCUAGAUCUUCUGAAUGCGCUCCAGAUGAAGUUGCAUGUAUGAAAGGAGAGAAAACCACGUGUAUAUCACAAGAAAUCAUAUGUAAUCAUAGUCAUAACUGUGAAAACUUACGGUACUUUGCGGAAACUAUGUGCGGUGUGAACGAGUGCAAAUUCGACCUUUGCGAGGAACACUGCAUAGAUUUGCCAUUCGCUUAUCGGUGUGAAUGUCGACCGCCAAAAAUUGUGGACCCUAAAAAUCCGGCCAGAUGCAUAAUGGGUGAUCAGUGUUCGUCAUCAAACUGCUCUCAAUUCUGUUUGGAGAAAGGAAAUGGUCAUUAUGAAUGUGCAUGUGGAAGUGGUUUCAUGCUUGAAGCUGAUAAGCAUGGAUGCAAACUAAAAUCAAGCCUCAUUUCUCCAACUUUGAUAUCUAUCGCAAGUGAAGGCUUACGUAUGAGUUCACUGCGGAAUUCCUAUCAAACACUGCCAAUAAGUAGUACAUCUGGACGAGUGCUUGCCUAUAGCUCAAGGUCGUCGUCUGUCUACUGGAUUGAUGACAAAGAAGUGGUGGGGCGAACAUUCACCAAUGGAACCACUGUGUUUCUUGCUUCAUCUAUGUACGACCCAGAUGGUCUAGCGGUGGACGAGUUCUCCGGAAACAUCUACUGGACGUCAAAAUCACGUAACGCUAUCAUGAUGUCGGAUAGUGAGAAUCUUUACACAAAAACCGUCUACCGUCGAGGUCCGGGUGUUCUCCCUUAUGCUUUGGCGAUUGAUAGUGCUCAUAGAACCAUCUUCUGGAGCGAUAUUGGCAAAAAGCCAAGCUUGAAUCGAAUGUCGCUUAUCAACGACGACCGAGGCUUGGAUAUUGUGCUGGACACAUCACUAAUACGGCCUAUCGCUCUAGCAGUGGAUCCAUAUUCGAAGAGGCUCUUCUGGAUCGACCAGGGCCUGAAUUACUUGGGCGUUUGCAAUUACGACGGGGCCAAUCGCCAGGUCCUAGGACGAAAAGUCGGCAAUGCCCUUUAUGGUCUUGAUGUCUUCGGCGACUUCCUCUACUUCUCGGAUUUCACAAAAGGAACUGUCGAAAAAAUGCACAAAUUGACGGGAAAGAACAGAACGACUGUGAUUUCGGGAGUUACCCAUGUAAAAGGCAUACAGGUGGUGCAUCCAGAGAAAUGGCCACGGAAAAACAGGGAUAACCCUUGUGAGAAUAAUCAAACAUGUACACAGAUAUGUGUUCCGACGAUUACCAGACAAGGAUAUCAAUGUCUGUGUCGUGAUGGUAUGCGCUAUGACGAUGGAAUAUGUAUAAAUCUUGCUCAAGCAUCGAUAAAAACACGGGAUAUAGAUUAUGCAACAGUUCGUAACUUUUUCAUUGCCUUGUUGAUCACCUCCGCAUUGGUGCUGCUGUUCUUCCAUAAAAAUCGACUCUAUAUCGCGACCACGCCUAUGAUCAAUUCCACAUCUUGGGUUGGAGGCCAAGAAAGAUAUCCGCUGAACAUCGUUACACCAGAUGGUGGCGUAGAAAACCCAGUUUUUGAAUCUAAUGAAGACACUCCAAUGGAUCCCAUUGAAACAGCGGACAACUCGCACAGAUAG